UCACAACAAGGACAGCAGCAGCUGUGUGCUCUGCUGACUGUCGAAACUUAGCAAACGUUAGGCUAUUUAAUUUGUUUAUCGACCUAAUAAAGAUUGAUUUGUGAAGCGAAAGGACUCGCCUGCAGACGGAGGCCUACGAAGACAGUCUUUGUUCCACAUGUACGUCAGGUUACUCUAACACCUCACUUGUGUGUGAAGGGCAUGGCGGGGGCGGCGGUGCUGUGGGCUCUUCGGACCCUGCGCCCCAGGACCCCGGCCGCGACCUCAGGCAGGUUCCCGGUCCACGUGGAGCCCGUCCUCCCGCUGGCUUCAUGUCUGGGGUGCACGCCGUGGCGGACCCCUCCUGUCAGAGCGCUGCAGCUGCGCUCCGCCCUGUGUGCAGGACACAACAAGUGGUCAAAGGUGAAGCACAUCAAGGGACCUAAAGACGAUGCGCGGGGCAGGAUGUUUAUGAAGCUAGGCAUGAUGAUCAAGAUAGCUGUGAAAGAGGGUGGACCCAACCCGGACAUGAAUGUGAACUUAGCCCAGAUACUGGAGCAGUGCAGAGGCAAGAACAUGCCCAAAGCGUCCAUAGAGGCUGCAAUCAAGAAUGCGGAAAAGGCUAGACCACUGUCCCAACACAUAUUUGAAGCUCGGGGGCCUGGCGGAUGUCUGCUGCUCAUAGAGGUCUUGACUGACAACAACUCGCGCAGCCUGCAGGAAAUUAAACGGCUGCUUAUCAAGAACGGAGGGAUGCUAUCAGACGGAGCACGCAACAACUUCAGCAAGAGGGGUUUGGUGGUGGUGCCAGGAAAGAACAUCUCGACGGAGCGAGCUCUGGAGCUGGCAAUCGAGGCUGGAGCCGAAGAUGUCGUAGAGACUGAGGAUGAGGAGGAGCAGCCGCUCCUGCAGUUUUUUUGCGACACGACGGAAGUGAGAAAGGUGCGGGCCUCAUUGGAGGAGCUGGGACUGCAGAUUACAUCUGCUGAGUUGGAGUUUGUUCCCCGCACCCGCUUGUCUCUGAACCAGGACCAGCUGGAUGCCGCUUCAAGCCUAAUAGAAACCCUCAGUGACUGUCCAGAUGUAGUUCGAGUGUGGGACAACAUCCAGGCGGACAGCUGAGUGCGCUUAUUGGUGGACACGGAAUAUCUUACAUGUGGAGUAUUUGAUUUUACAGAGGAACAACUUGUUACCAGAUACCCUGUACUGCUCAUCAUUAUCAUUAUGAAAAUAUGAGUGUGUUUUUUCUGCAUGGGCAAAAACAUGGCAGCAAAAUGAAACUGUGGUCCUUGUGAAGUGUAGAGUGACAUUUUUCAUAUAUGUUGAAUUGUCAGACUGCACUUACCAGAAGUUCAUUAACAUCAAGCAUAUUUCACUAAUGCAAGGAUCAGAAAAUAAAUGAGGAGUUAAUUUAAAGGUCCCCUCUCGACUGUAAAAUACUCUGCUUAGAAUAAUAAUUUUUGUCUGAUAUGGAUUUUCCACAAAAACGUUCAAUUACCUCUUGAAAAAGUAUUAAAAUGAC